AUGUCUGCUGAGCCAGCACAUCUCUGCUUCCGCUCCUUCGUGGAAGCCCUUGCAACGGACAACGAUUUGGUGGAAAUCAACACCCCAAUCGACCCCAACCUCGAAGCGGCCGCCAUCACCCGACGUGUCUGUGAGACCGACGAUAAGGCACCGCUCUUCAACAACCUUAUUGGUAUGAAGGGUGGGCUGUUCCGGAUUCUUGGUGCUCCCGCAUCGCUCAGAAAAGGUGCUGGAGACCGCUAUGGCCGGUUGGCAAGACAUCUCGCCCUUCCUCCUACGGCAUCGAUGCGCGAGAUUCUCGACAAGAUGUUGAGCGCAAGUAGCCUGCCACCCAUUCCUCCAAACGUUGUUUCGACCGGUCCAUGUAAGGAAAAUGUUUUGGAGGAGCCAGAGAUUGAUUUGACCCAAUUGCCUGUACCGAUGAUCCAUAAAGACGAUGGUGGAAAGUACAUCCAAACCUAUGGAAUGCACAUUGUCCAAUCACCUGAUGGCGAAUGGACAAAUUGGUCUAUUGCACGGGCUAUGGUUCACGAUGAAAAACAUCUGGCUGGAUUGGUCAUCCAGCCUCAGCACAUUUGGCAGAUCCACCAGCUGUGGAAGAAGGAGGGUCGGGAUGUCCCUUGGGCAUUGGCAUUCGGUGUUCCCCCAGCUGCAAUUAUGGCAUCGAGUAUGCCCAUCCCAGACGGGGUCACUGAGGCAGGCUAUGUGGGUGCCAUGACGGGAUCUGCUCUCGACCUUGUCAAGUGUGACACGAACGGUCUCUAUGUUCCCGCUAAUUCGGAGAUUGUUCUUGAGGGAACAUUGUCUAUCACUGAGACGGCGCCGGAGGGCCCUUUUGGUGAGAUGCAUGGAUAUGUCUUUCCUGGUGACACGCAUCCCUGGCCCAAGUACAAGGUCAACCGUAUUACCUACCGCAACAACCCCAUUCUGCCUAUGUCUGCCUGUGGACGAUUGACGGAUGAGACUCAUACCAUGAUCGGAUCCCUUGCUGCCGCGGAAAUUAGGAAGAUCUGCCAACAACACGACCUGCCAAUCACCGACGCAUUUGCCCCGUUCGAAUCCCAGGUUACCUGGGUCGCCCUCCGUGUCGAUACUGCCAAACUGCGCGAACUCAAGACCGACAGCCAGGACUUCCGCAAGAAGAUCGGUGACCUCAUCUUCAACGUCAAGGCGGGCUAUACAAUCCAUCGUUUGGUGCUUGUUGGCGAUGACAUCGACGUUUAUAAUGGCAAGGACGUGAUGUGGGCAUUUUCAACUCGCUGCCGACCAGGAAUGGACGAGACUCUUUUCGACGAUGUGCGUGGAUUCCCUCUCGUACCGUACAUGUCGCAUGGAAGCGGAUCACCGGUUCAAGGUGGCAAGAUUGUUUCGGAUGCGCUGCUUCCAGUUGAGUACACGACUGGUAGAAACUGGGUGCCGGCGGACUUUGAGAAUUCGUAUCCAGAGGAGGUGAAGCGUAAGGUGUUGGACAAGUGGGAAGAUAUGGGAUUCAGUGCAUAA